AUAUAUACUCCUAAUAAAGAUUUAUGAACCAAAACAUUUGAUCUUGAGUUGGCAAGAAUCCACACAUUUACUUCAUAUAUGAUUCCACCAAUCUCACCUAUUUAUAGUCCCUCCAACAACUCCCAGAUCCUUGCGCCUCCUCUUCCUCCACCUCCUCCACCUCGGCUUUCGCAAUGGCGACGCCACUCGGGUGCUCCACCACCAUCCUAACCCCACUCCUCAACUCCUCCGGCGCAGCAGACUACAUCUGCCAGCAACUCACCACCAACACCGCCUUAACAACCGAUGCAACCACCGCAAUCAACGCCGUUUACCUACUUUUCUCAGCCUACCUAGUCUUCUCCAUGCAACUCGGCUUCGCCAUGCUUUGCGCUGGCUCAGUCCGCGCUAAAAACACCAUGAACAUCCUCCUCACCAACGUCCUCGACGCCGCUACCGGUGCUCUUUUCUUCUACCUCUUCGGUUUCGCCUUCGCUUUCGGCUCCCCAUCAAACCCUUUCAUAGGAAGCCGCUUCUUUGCGCUAACGUCAAUGCCAGAUUUUCACCAAUCCUAUGAUUACAACUACUUUCUUUUUCAGUACUGCUUCGCUAUCGCUGCAGCCGGGAUCACUUCCGGCUCGAUAGCGGAGCGUACUCAGUUCGUAUCCUACUUGGCCUACUCGAGCCUACUAACGGGGUUCGUGUACCCCGUUGUGGCGCAUUGGUUUUGGUCUAAUGACGGGUGGGGGAGCGCCUUCAUAACGUCGGAGAAGCUCUUGUUUGGGACGGGGGUUAUCGACUUUGCCGGGUCAGGAGUAGUGCACUUGGUGGGAGCCGUGGCCGGGUUUUGGGGGGCGUUUAUUGAAGGUCCGAGGAUUGGGAGGUUUGAUCAUAAAGGUAAAGGGGUGCCCCUUAAAGGACAUAAUGCUUCAUUGGUUGUGUUAGGGACUUUUUUGUUGUGGUUCGGGUGGUACGGGUUUAACCCGGGUUCGUUUUUGACCAUUGCAAAGGCGUACGGCGAAAGCGGGGCGGUGUAUGGGCAGUGGAGUGCCGUGGGGAGGACUGCUGUUACUACUACUCUUGCGGGUGCAACGGCUGCCCUCACUACUUUGUUUGGAAAAAGGAUACUAGUAGGACAUUGGAACGUAACCGACGUAUGCAACGGCCUACUCGGAGGAUUCACCGCCAUAACAGGUGGAUGUGCAGUGGUAGACCCAUGGGCAGCCUGCAUAUGUGGGGUGGUUGCAGCCAUAGUCCUAAUAACAUGCAACAUCCUAGCAGAAAAAUUCAACUACGACGAUCCCUUAGAAGCCCUACAACUCCACGGAGGGUGUGGUACAUGGGGCAUAAUCUUCACAGCCUUGUUUGCCAAGAAAGAGUACCUCCAAGAAGUGUAUCCGGCGCGCCCUGCCACCUCCUACGGCCUCCUAAUGGGCGGUGGGGGGCGGCUCUUGGCGGCCCAUGUUGUACAAAUCUUGACCAUAUGUGCAUGGGUUAGUGUAACAAUGGGAAGUCUGUUUUUUGUGUUGCAUAAGUUGAGAUUGUUGAGGAUUACGUCGGAAGAUGAGAUGAAUGGAAUGGAUCUUACAAGUCAUGGUGGAUUUGCUUAUAAUGAAGAUUUUGAUGAGAAGACUAAAAAAUGGUCUUCUUAUAUGGGUGGUGAUGAUCCUCCUGGUGUACAAUUCCAAGCUUGAUGAAUUAUAUGAUCUUGGAAGAAAUACUUUGAUUUGAUUUAUCAUGUCCAAUGUUUUUAUAGUUUUAAUUUAGUUGGGUGGUCUUCGUAAAAAAAAAAGAAAAAAAAAAAAUUGUUGGGUGAUCAUGAAAAUUUAUUUAAUUAGGGGUUGGAUUGAAACAUAUUACAAUGGAUUUCUUAGUAUUUGAUUUUAGUUUGUGUACGUUAAAUGACAUGUAUAGGAUGAAGCUCAUUUUUUAUAGUACAACAUACUACCUUCAAUUCAUUAUAAUUGCAGUCAUUUACGGAGUAUAUAUAUUACAAUAUGAUUUGUUGUAGGAAAUUUUGACUUUAACCACCAUGAAAAAACCACUUAUUAACUUUUACCACCUUCAUUUAAAAAAAAAAAAAAAAAAAAAAAAAAAAAAA